GCCUGCAAUGGCGGAUCGCUCGGGCUCACUGCUGCGGUUCUUCGUAAUAGCUGUUCGUUAAACAUGUCGUUUGGGUAGCUAACGUGUUAGUUAUGAACUUUUAAAAAUCUGCAGUGCCGUUUAAAACGGAAAUUGACAUCCUCGGAAGCCUUUAUGCUCCUCUAGAAAAUGACAUCGAUCAUAAAGCUGACAGCCGUGUCGGGGGUGCAGGAGGAGUCUGCGCUCUGCUACCUGCUGCAGGUGGAUGAGUUCCGCUUCCUGCUCGACUGCGGGUGGGACGAGAACUUCUCUAUGGACAUCAUCGAUGCCAUGAAAAGGUACGUCCAUCAAGUGGAUGCGGUCCUCCUCUCGCACCCCGACCCCCUGCACCUUGGUGCUCUGCCCUAUGCUGUUGGAAAGCUGGGCCUCAACUGCACCAUCUAUGCCACCAUCCCUGUGUACAAAAUGGGACAGAUGUUUAUGUAUGACCUGUACCAGUCACGUCAUAAUACUGAGGACUUCACCCUGUUCACACUGGAUGAUGUGGACUCGGCUUUUGAUAAAAUUCAGCAGUUAAAAUAUUCACAGAUCGUGAAUUUGAAAGGAAAAGGACAUGGCUUGUCUAUCACCCCACUACCUGCUGGUCACAUGAUUGGGGGAACCAUUUGGAAGAUUGUGAAGGAUGGAGAAGAGGAGAUUGUGUAUGCUGUGGACUUCAACCACAAGAGGGAGAUUCACUUAAACGGCUGCUCCUUAGAGGUUGUGAGCCGACCGUCUCUGCUCAUCACCGACUCUUUCAACGCCACAUAUGUGCAGCCAAGGCGGAAGCAGCGUGAUGAACAGCUUCUUACCAAUGUGAUGGAGACUUUGCGUGGUGAUGGGAAUGUGCUGAUCGCCGUGGACACGGCUGGGCGCGUGCUGGAGCUGGCGCAGCUGCUGGACCAGAUCUGGAGGACCAAGGAUGCUGGGCUUGGGGCCUACUCCCUCGCUCUGCUUAACAACGUCAGCUACAAUGUGGUGGAGUUCUCCAAGUCACAGGUGGAGUGGAUGAGUGAUAAGCUAAUGCGCUGCUUUGAGGACAAGAGGAACAACCCUUUCCAGUUCCGUCACCUCUCCCUCUGCCACAGUCUAGCAGACCUGGCGCGAGUGUCCAGCCCGAAGGUAGUGCUUUGCAGCCAGCCUGACCUUGAGUCAGGUUUCUCCCGUGAGCUCUUCAUACAGUGGUGUCGAGAUGCUAAGAAUUCGGUGAUCCUGACCUACCGGACCACACCAGGAACCCUGGCACGGUACCUCAUUGAUAACUCUGGGGAACGGAUUCUAGACUUGGAGAUCAGAAAACGAGUGAAGCUUGAAGGUCGUGAACUUGAAGAUUACCUUGAAAAGGAAAAACUGAAAAAAGAAGCUGCAAAAAAGCUUGAACAAGCAAAGGAGGUUGAUGUUGACUCCAGUGAUGAAAGCGACAUUGAGGAUGACCUGGAGCAGCCCAUGAUAGUCAAGAACAAACACCAUGAUUUGAUGAUGAAAGGAGAGGGUAGUCGCAAGGGCAGCUUUUUCAAACAAGCCAAGAAGUCCUACCCCAUGUUCCCCUGUCAUGAGGAGAGGAUCAAGUGGGAUGAGUAUGGAGAGAUCAUCAGGCCAGAAGAGUUUCUGGUCCCUGAACUUCAGGCCACCGAGGAGGAAAAGAGCAAGUUGGAAUCCGGGUUGGCAAAUGGAGACGAGCCCAUGGACCAGGACCUGUCUGAUGUGCCCACGAAAUGUAUAUCCUACACAGAAACCAUAGAGAUCAAAGCCAGAAUCACCUACAUCGACUAUGAGGGUCGAUCAGAUGGCGACUCUAUCAAGAAGAUCAUAAACCAGAUGAAACCACGGCAGCUAAUCAUCGUGCAUGGGCCACCUGAGGCCAGCCAGGACCUUGCUGAGUCCUGCAAGGCUUUCAGUGGUAAGGACAUUAAGGUGUACACACCCAAGCUGCAGGAGACUGUGGAUGCCACUAGCGAGACCCACAUCUAUCAGGUGCGAUUGAAGGAUUCUCUCGUGAGUUCUUUGCAGUUCUGUAAGGCUAAGGACACAGAGCUUGCCUGGAUCGACGGUGUUUUAGACAUGCGAGUAAUCAAAGUGGACACAGGUGUGAUAAUGGAGGAAGGAGAGGUGAAGGAGGAAACAGAGGAGGGAGAACUAGCCAUGGAAGUAGCGCCCGACCUCAGCGGUGACCACAGUGCUGUGGCCCAGCAGCGCGCCAUGAAGACCUUGUUUGGAGAGGAUGAGCGAGAACUUUCUGAGGAGAGUGAUGUAAUCCCCACCCUGGAGCCUCUACCGCCAAAUGAGACCCCAGGACAUCAGUCGGUGUUCAUCAACGAGCCCCGCCUGUCUGACUUCAAGCAGGUGCUAUUGCGAGAAGGCAUCCAGGCUGAGUUUGUGGGAGGAGUGCUUGUUUGCAACAACCUGGUUGCAGUUCGUAGGACUGAAGCCGGCAGGAUCGGCCUUGAGGGCUGCCUCUGUGAAGACUACUACAAAAUCCGGGACUUACUUUACCAGCAGUACGCAGUGGUGUAGAGGCACCUGUUCUUUGAGUAGACUCUGAGUGAAUACUGAUCAACAGUGUGCUGCAGCCCUUUGGCAUUGCAUAGCACUAUUUUUCUGUUUAUUUUUAUCAUUCCUUUUCCCUGAUCAUCUUCUGUGAGCUCCGAGUGGGAGCGUGCAUUGCUCUUUAACUCGAGAAACCUCAACCGUGAAUUGUUAGUAUUCCAUGCAGGGUGCAUAUGUCCUCAUUUUUGUAUAAAAUAUACAUUUGAAACAAAAGUUUUGUUUAAAAGGUGGUGUUGGAGUCGCUUGGAAGUGAGAGCCUGCUUGAAAGAGGGAAUGAGGUAGCUGGGUUUCAUUGUUCUUUUCAGUCACAUGGCAUACAGAUAACAGAUGGAGAUGUUUACUUUUCAGCCACAUACACCAUGUCAUUUUCUCUUUAUGCAUCUUUUGUUGUAAAGAAACUUAUUACCUUAUUUUUAAUUUAUUCCCAGAUCUCAUGCCUAAUUGAGCCAUAUUUUUCCCUCUUUUUUGCUUGUAAUAAUGCUGCUUUUGAUACUGUUCUUCAAAUGCAAACCAGCUGUAAUGUCUCUUGAAAAUUAACUUUUGCCACUGAAUCAGCUUUUCUGAAACCCAUCCAAAUCCCAACCAACAUCAGUGUUUACUCUUCAGAAUCCCUUGUGCUCUACUGUUCUGCUCAGUAAAUCCCAAAAUGUUCUGCAGUUUGUCACCAGGACAGUAGCAUUUUAAAGACAUUAUGAACUUUGUAAGAAGCAUCAACAUUCCAAGCAGUGAAUAACAAUGCACCUGUUACUGACUAUAUAAACUAAUAUUCAUGAUAGCAGUUAAAGCAGUGUGCAAAUUAUAAAUGUGUGCUGCUGUGCUAUGAGAGAGAAAUUUCAGUGUCCGCAUGGCAUUGCUGAUGGGAAGAACACUGAUUCAGAGUGCUUCCUGCUGAUAUGCCCCGCAAGUAAACGGUCUCUGGGGAAUUGAGUCAUUUUAUUAAUGACUCGUUAAACAAGCAGAUAAUUGUUCAAACAGUGCAGUUAUGCAGUUGCGUUAUUUUGCUUUGUCCUUUAACAUUUUAGUAUUUAAAUGCAUUCUUAUAAUUCAUGGAAGAAAGUGGGGGAGCUUCUGUAAAACCCCUCUGUGAUAGAAAACCCCUAUGCUUUGGCAUAGAGUGCCAGCACUACCCAUUCAUUGUCCUCUUUCUGAAAGUUGACCUGGGACACUAGAACUGUCCAUCGAGUAAUCCUCUUAGUUUUUAUAAUGCUGACUUUCACACGAAAGGCCCACUUUAACGUAACAAGCCUCUAAGCUUGCCUGUGCAAUUGAGCGCAUGGCUCAGUGGGACAAUGGUGCCAUCUCCUGCCCCCUCCUAACUUUAUGGUACUUUCUAGAUAAGCAAGGUGGGCUGGUGAACCCUGUGUGUCUAAGGUGUACCCUGCUUUAUGCUUCACUGGUAGGCACUGGACCAUGACCUUGCACUGGAGUUUUUGAUGAAGUACAUACAACUGUACUGAACUGUAUGUCUGGAUUUGCUUUAAUAAGGUCUGCAUUCACAGAGUCAGCUCAGUAAAUGGACUAUCUUAUCAGUUUCAUUUGUGUCCUUUAUCUGUGGUUACAUUAGUAAAAUGGCUAUCUACAGGCUUUAGUCUGGAGAUAAUUUGAGCAGUUAGUGCUGUGAUUUCAGUCUAUCAUUUUGUAGGUAUAUGCUGUGUGUGUUUGGCGGCAGCACUGUUCUGGAGCUUGCUGCCAUUUCCCAUUAUGCCUUUUCCCCUGCCUUUAAUUCCUACUGUUUAUAGCAUAAUCCCUGCUACCUCAGUGUUCAUAAUGGCCCUGGACAUCAGGAUGGAUCAUGUCUCACCACUUGUAAUGGACAUUAGUGUAUCUGAGAAGUUUGAGCCUCUUACUCUAAAUAACACGAUUACUGAUUUUAUCCUUUUAUGUAACCUGCUGAUCACAGUUAACAAUUGAGAUGCAUCAAAAAGGAAAUCUGCAGAGACACUGUUGGAGAGCAUCCAAUGCUGAGAAGUUGCUCUGUCACCAUAGGGGAAAGAGCUGCAAGUCAUCUAAUCUUUGAGAGUGGAACUGCCCUUGAAAAGGCAUCAAAGUAGAGUGACAGAUGGUAACUGAAUAUUGCUGUUUGCUUAUGUCAGAAUAACAUUUACAUUUAUUCAUUCAGCAGAUAUUUUCUCCAAAGCCAUUUGGUGAAUAUUAUGUGGUAUUUAGCUGACACCUUUAUAUCCAAGGCUACUUACAAUGCUAUAUACAGUUCUGGCAUUUUAGUGUUGCCAACUCACCUGAAACAUGUCUUUAGACUGUGGCAAGACAGCAGAGUACCUGGAGGAAACCCACACAAAUACAAGAACAUGCAAACUUAUCCAGGUUAAGUGGGAAUUAAACCCAUGUUCUCUUGUGGUACCCAGGUGCUGGGAGCCAACAGCAUUCCUUGCUGUACUCCUGUACUUCUGAGAAUGGCUGAGUGAUGGGGGUGGGGUACUCUCCAGUCUUAGGAAGUCAGUGAUGGCUUGUUAUGCAUGGUAACCCGUUAUUGAAAUUCAGUGAAACAAAUAAUUUGAUUAUUUAGAUUAUAUUUAAGGAGAACUGAAUGACUGCUUUGUUCUUUAUACUGUAAGUAUCUGGGAAGUGAAUCAUAACUGGAAGGACAUUCUGGUCCUUUCUGUGCUCAACGCCUUCCACCCCUCCUGAGGCAUAGGCCGCCAACAAGGGCUGGUCCUUUCUAUGGAGAUCACUUAAUGUGUUGAGCUGCUGUGUGCGUAUAUUUCCCUACAGGGAUAAAUAACGUACCGUUCUAUCUAUUCCAGUUUUGGGGUUGAUGACCAGGGGAGGUCAGGUGCGAAGAGACUCGCUUAAGGAGUGAUUACUUUGACCUUGUUAGGCUGUAAACUCCAACACUAUGAGCUUCAGGUUUAAAUACUGAGCGUUUUUUUUAAUGAAUUCAUAAAUGCAAUAUAAAAAUGUUAAAUGGAAUAUGUUAAAGGAAAAAUUAAGCUAAAGACCUGCAAUGUUUGUUUUGGAAAAACUAACUUUUUGGCCUUUUUCACCAAGGUUCCAUGUUUUUUAAAAAAAAAAAAAAAAAAAAAAAAACAGUUUGGUAUCAUUACAGUUUUAUGAAAUCAUGGGUUAUUACAUUCUUAACUUUAGGCAGACUUCCACUUCCUGGAGGGCCCAAUGCAACAACCACUGUUACUCUUUAAACAGUGCAACAGCAUUGUUUAGCAAAGCAUGUUGCUUCCUGUAUCAUAAAGCCCUUUGCAUUGCACACAGUCCUAGAUCCUCAAGCCCCUGAACCAUCAAAAUUAGUCCCUUAAGAUUUUCAUCCCUGUUGGCUGAUCGCUCAAAUGAUUACUCAGGAGGAUCUGUGAGUCGUCGCCCCCCCCCCCGGAAACCCAGCUAUGAGUCCAUAGCCGCUGUCUGUAAUAGCUGUGGUUGGCUCUGCUCAUGGUUUGUGGCCAUGUAACUCUUACAGGCUCAUGGAACACCCCAUGUAGGUGCUGUGAGACCCAUGGUGGCUUCUUGUCAGCACUAGUGAAGACAUCAGGCUGUGUUCACAAACCCAUGUGCAUUGGUUUUAUCCUAUGCCAAAAGGACGUGUUUCCUUGAGCCAAGGACCUUAAGUCAGCGUUAUCGAGAACCCUGCGCUAUGAACCUAGUGCCUAGCAUUGGUUUCCUGUAUUUAUCCAAAAAAAAAAAAAACACUGCACACUGAUGUCCUCAGCUCUUUCAUUGAUCUUUAAUUGGUUUAAAAAAAAAAAAAAAAAAAAAUUUAGAUGAUUAAACUCUGAUCAGAGACAUGCAGUUAUUUCUUUCUUUUGACGUGUGAUUCAUUGCUGCUCAUAUCAAGGUGGAAGAGGUGUUUUCUCCUCCUUUUCUCUCAGGUUCCAGACAGGAAUAAUCAUGUAUAGUAUGUGCUAGUUGAGGGCCUAUUCCAAAUGAAUUUGCUUCCUUUUCAUGGAAAAGCCCUUGUCGUCCAAGGUCCUUCGGGGAGCAAGGAAGCGACUUGAAUUUAAAAGGAGCGGUUCACCUGAUGUGAGGGUUGCUAUUAAAAGCAGUGUUGCAGGAGGACAUACUUGUGAGAUGCUGUGCUGGAUUGUUGACUUGACUCUGAACAUGUUACAUUCAAUAUCUAUACAUGCAUAU